AACUGUAGGUCCACAAUUGUUGCCAGUCCGCCAUACUUAUCCACAUCAGAUUGAUCGAUGGCUCGCCACAUUUGCGCCACAUUGGUCGACCAGAUAUAAGGGAAGCAGGAAGUGUUCAUUAUUUCUUGUUCUCUUAGUUUUACCAGUCCCGCCCACAACGUUCAGUCAGCAUAACAACAUUUAGCGUGAUGGCCUCUGCUGGAGAGACAGGCACAUCGUCUACUCCACCACGCGCAAAUGCACCAGCUCAUGAUGCUGGUGAAAUAAAAUCUACCCCAAACAGCCGUGGAGCUGCUGUCGUCAGCGAGAACAUCAGCCUGGUCGGUGUCAGGGUUAAAGAAGUACGCCCAUGGAUUCAGAGGGACGUCGAACAGGCUAAGCAGUGCAAGGCAGAUGCGAUGCUGCAGUCUCUCUUGCAGCGCACUUCUUGUGCUCCGGAGACUAAACAGCCCGAGCUCCUGCAAAAGUGCUUGAAGGCAGUUCUGCCGGUUUGCAAUGGACAGGUCUCCGCCGGAGGCAUAUACUCUUCGGGUGUCGAGACAGCCCUGAAAAAAUAUGUUCGUCCGGGAGCAGAAAACAACUUCUACAGCCCUUUUAUAGAAGCCACUAACAUCGCUCUCGCUUGUCUUGAAGAUAUCAAGGUUGACGGGAUGCGUACACCUGUCCCCGCUGUGGACAUGAUCUGUCAGCAGAAUGACAUGCCCAUGUACCAAAACCACCAGAUCGUGACAUCAACUCGGAAGCCUGAUGGCCUCUUUCUUCCAUUGAAAAGUGCAUGCGCUCCUUUCGAGAAUGAGAAGGACGGUAAACAGGGAAAACAGAAGGGCAGACAGCAAGGUGACAAUAAAGAUGACGAGAAAGACGACAUGAAACACAACACGAAGCGCAAGGCUCACAUGGUCAAGAAUGCAAUGACAAAGCCGCCCGCGCCACUCCCCUGGGAAGAUGUCCUAGCUUGCAUCGAGUUCAAGAGAAAGACGCCAGGGAGGAAGCAAGGGAUUCAACCGCCGUUGCCCUCUUCGUAUAGUGUGAAACACUAUAUACCUACCAAACCAGAGUAUCUGCCGGUAGAUCACCUCAAGGCUCAUGAUCCGGCAUCAGGCCCUUUACAGACUCCAAUAGCACAACCUGCGUCUGACGCUGCUCUAGUUUCAUCUUCUGGCCUGACUGCUGCCCAGCCUUCCCAGGGUAGAUCCAGCUCCAAGCGCAAGGCCACGAACACUUUGCAAUCCGCCGCAAAAAAAACCAAGAUCAUGCCUGACGAGCCGGAUGUGACCGUCCAGACGGGCCUGUAUGCCGCUGAAAUGUUUGCGGCCAAUCUUGCCGUCAAUUAUUUGAUUAAUCUCAUCGUCGUCGACGACGUGGUCUGGAUUUGGUAUUAUGAUCGCCAGGGCAUCGUUCAAAGCUCAGGAAUCAACUUCAUUCAAGAUCUCCCGCGAUUCAUGGUGUUAUUGUACGCUUUACAACGCUUCGAGCUACAUGAUUGGGGCCGAAACAAGGACUUCCUCCCAGUCCAAUUUGAGGGGAAACAAUGCCACGAAUUAAAUAUCAAGGACGAAGAACUCGGAGAGGUAGAUCUGCUGCUUCACACCAGCCACGACGAAAGAGUGACGCAUUACGGACUACAAGGACGGGCCACCAAUGUGGUCCCUGUUACUAGCGAAGCGCUUGCGAAGAAAUACGACAACCUCCCGGAUGGGAUGGUCGCCAAGAUCUUUUGGGGAGAUGCAAAUCGUACUAGUGAGCCGGAAAUCUUGAAAAGGGUUGAAGAGAUCGCUGAGACGCACGAUACCGUGAAAAACCAUAUUCCGGAGCUGCUCUGGCACCACACGUUCAUAAAUCCCACGUCCGCCAUCCGAGAAGCGCUCGGGGUUCCGGAACCCACCACUGGCAGUCGUGUGCUUUACAUUCUCAUAUUCCGCAAACUCCACCCUAUCACGAAGCUUCACGGCAAAGAGCUAUUCGAUAUCUGGCGUCAGUGCAUUCUGUGUCACCUUACUCUGUGGGAAGAAGGGGUCUAUCAUCGAGAUAUCAGUCCUGGGAACUUGAUGUGGUACAAGAAAAAUGGCAAACUAAUCGGUGUCUUAAAUGACUACGAUCUAUCCUCGUUGGCGAAUGUAGUGGGUCCUCAAGGCAACGAACGUACGGGCACCGUACCGUUUAUGGCGCUCGAUCUUCUAACCGCAAAGGCUCAACGAGGCGAAGUCAAACACAUAUAUCGCCACGAUCUGGAAUCAUUUAUGUGGGUUUUUAUCUGGAUUUGCUUGCGUUACAAGGAGGGUGUUCUUUUAUCAGCGGAACUACGCCCCUUGGAUGAAUGGGCGACAUCAGAUGCUGUGACAUGCGGCGAGAAGAAAUAUUUUUUCCUGGGUCAUCUGCUGGACUACCCCUCGUACGUAGAUCCGCGUAUAUGGCGUUUCCUUGUGGAGUGUGUCCUUGUGCUCAAGAAAGAGACCGAUCGUCGAUCUGAUCUCCGCCUCGAGAGGCUACUGCUGGUACCGGGAGUAGCCGAGCAGUCCAACGACGAAGAACCAGAAGAUAUCGAUGGUUUUCUACGCAUGCUUACAAACACGAAGGGCUGGGUUGAGCUAUCUGAGCUCAGCAACCCUUCACAGUGAUUUCUUUACUCUUACUUACAGGCUUUUGGACAUUGGUACUUGUGUCUUGCAGUUUUUAUGCUCAUCUGUUAAAAUAUACGAUUCUGCAGAGUGAUUAUGCUAUGUCAACUUGCCCAGGCUGUCCUCUUCACAUCGUCGUCCAACACUGUACGCUAUGGUUCCAU